AUGAACGGCGGCUCCGGUGGUGCUCGAAAGUUGUCGAUGGAGUUUGGGUGGGCGUUUUGCGGUGGAUCUUGCCGAAUCUCCGCACUUUCUUCUUAUGACUUCACCGCACCGCGAGAUAGCCUCAUAUCUGUUCUUACCUUAACUGAUUGGAGAAAUCGCGGCGCGGGUCACGGUGGUGGAACACCAUUUACUGUGGAUGCCUUUCGUUGUGGUUGUGUUCAAGAAUUUUCUGCUUAUUUCCUUACCCUCUCUCACGCUGAUCAUUACACUGGUAUCAUUUAA